GAGCCUGAUCCCCGGGGCCUCCGGUCGGUCCCCCUGUCGCGGAGCCCUGGGAACCGGGGAGGCCAUGAGGCCAGGACCGCACUGUUGGAGACAGCUAAGUCAGAAAAUACUGUAAGACAGCUGGGCAGGGCCCUCCGGGCAGAAAAAGCUGAGGCGCCCUGGCUGAAGGUUAACAGGAAAAAGGAGAGAAGCUACUGCACCCACACACCUCCCCCGGGGAGAAACAGCGGGAUGACAUUCUACUCUGUCAGCCCCCGCCAGCCCAUUCCUUCCAGAAAUCCAAGCACCCUCGCUGGCUUCCGGGACUCGCUUCCCCGUUUGAUCAACGUAACGCGGGGGACUGUACCUGUGACCUUACUGGUCGGCCACGGUUUUGUCCCACCUCACGCCCACCUCGUGAUUCUGCAUCGGAUCUUAGUUUUAUCCCACGGGGUACCCGCCUCCUCAUCGGGUAGCUUUAACCCAUAGAAAACACCUUUGAGCAGCAGGGUGGGCGGGCAGGCAGCCCACUUUCCAGUCCCCUUCUGUCUCUCUUAGACAGAAGCCAGCUUUCUCUCAGUGGAAUUUUCCUACUCUCACCUCCGUUGUUCCUAGAAUUCAUUCUUUGAUUUUCAGAGAACAGGAACUCGCGUUUUGGCUACCUAGCAGGUUGGGAGUUAUCGUAUCUCCCUUGCUUGGAUUAUUUCGCUUGUUUGGAUUACUUGCUGCCCGAAUGGCUUGGAGAUCUUCCACUGAGAUAACCGAAUGACGGUGCGCUUUCGGCUGGGCGCCAUGGAAUACCCCGACUACUACUUCCCCCUCAACAGCUCCGACGAUGAGAGCAGCGAGGUGCACGAGGGCUUCCUGCGGUUCCGCGAGGUCUUCAUGCCCUGCGUGUACGCAGUGGUGUUCGUCCUUGGGCUGCUGGGGAACGCGCUGGUGCUGCUCAUCUACGUCGGCUACCAGAGGCUGCGCAGUGUGACGGACGUGUUCCUGGUGAACCUGCCCCUGGCUGACCUGGUGUUUGUCUGCACGCUGCCCUUCUGGGCCUACGCAGGCUUCCACCAGUGGGUCUUCGGCCGGGCUCUGUGCAAGAUCCUGCAGGGCGUCUACACCGCCAACUUCCACGUGUCCAUGCUCACACUCACCUGCAUCACUGUGGACCGGUUCAUCACCGUGGUCCAGGCCACCAAGGCCUACAACCAUCGGGCCGUGCGCACGGCCUGCAGCAAGGGCAUCCUGGGCGGCACCUGGGUGGUCUCCCUGCUGCUGGCCCUGCCGCAGAUCGUCUACAGCGAGGUCCACUCCCACGACAGGCUCAUCUGCGACUACCAGGAAAAUGAGAUUUCCAGGGCGGUCCUGGUCACCCAGACCACUCUGGGCUUCUUCCUGCCCCUGCUCACCAUGGUGCUGUGCUACCCCGUCAUCAUCCGGACCAUUCUGCUGUCCCGAGGCUUCCGGAAGCACAAGUCUCUGAAGAUCAUCAUCCUGGUGGUGGCUGUGUUCCUGCUGACCCAGACGCCCUUCAACCUCGUCAAGCUCAUCCGCAGCUCCAACUGGGAGUACUACACCAUGACCAGCUUUGACUACGCCAUCGUUGUGACCGAGGCCAUCUCCUACCUGCGCCUCUGUCUUAACCCUGUGCUCUACGCCUUCGUUGGUGUCAAGUUUAGGAAUAACUUCUGGAAACUCGUGAAGGAUGCGGGCUGUGUCGGAUUCUUGAGUCAGUGGAAAUCUGAGGACAACUCCAAGAGCUGCUCUGCUUCCCACAACCCAGAGGCCACCUGCAUGGUCCAGCUGUAGGCCACGGCGCGGAGGGCCUGCCGUGAGAGUCAGGGGUGCAUGGCUGCGCCUCCUGGAGGAGACGGCGGGAAAGGCUUUGUGUACAGCCCUUGCAUUCCCUUGGAGAAGUGGAACACUGGCUGGUGUGGACCCCCGCAGACAAGAGGCAUCAAACCUAGGGUCUGCUUCUUUUGAGGUAGGGUCUUGUGAAGUUGCUAAGCUGCCCAAGCUGGAGUUGAACCUGCAACCCUCCUGCCUCGACCGCUCAGAAUGCUGGGAUUACAGAUGUGUGCCACCAUGCUUCCUGCUGUCUCCUUCAUACCCAAACCUAACGCUCGAGCGGGGGUGGGGGGAGAGCUACACUUUUUAAGGGUUUUCCUUAAACCAAGGGGAUGCCCCGUGGCACUUGAGCCUCGGGCCCCCCGACUGGCCUGGGGCCAAGGGCUCACAGAGCUGUGGAUGGCGGGGGCCGGACUGGACCCCGAGGACAGAAGGCUCCUUUGACUCUCGGGCUGAGGUGGACGUCAGGCAGACCUGACAGGUGUGCUGGCUGCCCGUGGUCACCUCGAAUGCUCUGGGCGUGCCUGGAUG